ACUGAGUUACUGGUCUGAGGAAAAGUCAUCAACUUUUCUCCAAAAAGAAAACUUUUAUUGUAAAUUGUGGAGGAAAAAUAUGUGAUGCAUCAUGUUAAAUUUAACUUCCUGAAAAUGAGUACAUUUUUACGCAAGCACUUUAGCUGCACAGUGCAGAACAGGUGCCAUGUUUAUUUUUGAGAUUAGACCCAAAUUGACAAACGUAAACCAAAAAAACUGCAGAUGCUGAAUGUAUGAACAGGAAAUGUUCUAUACUCAACACGUCAGGCAGUAUCACUGGAAAACAAAACAUUUAAUAUUUCCAGUUAAAACACCUUAUCAGAACAAUGUGGCUUUGUGUGAAUUACUAUUAUCCAUAUUUUGAGGACUGAUUAUUAAAAAAUGAGGACAUUUGCUUUCAGUUCUGCAUGGAAAGCUCUGAAUUCAAAUAUAAUACAUUGAUAAUAAUCUAAUGUUUUGAACCCAGGGUCCAUCACUUCUGUGUACCAUUUUAUAAAUCUGGAAUGACUGGAUGUUUUAUCUUUGGAAUUAAUGUCCCACUCAGUCUAGUUAACUAUAAAAUGAACAGUGCAUACAACUCUCAAAUAUCCACUUUAACACGCGUGUAACUCUGAGCGGUCUGUUUCCAACAGUGGGGAAAUCCGUUUAAUUUAUAUCCUCGUUAUUGACAAGAAAAGGAGUCUGGAUUGUGACAGAACUAAUCACUGCACAAUUGAAUUGAAUGCACAAAGACCAAAAAGCUGUUGCAACACAAGGUAUUUAUUUCCCCACCUUGCUGCAACCUCCCCACAGUCUGGCCAUGUCCUCGAUUAUGCAGUCCUUAGCUUUUGUAAGUAGCCUGGAUUUGAUCAUAAUCAGGAAGGCUGUAAUGACACAGCUGCAGACUUGAGUUAAUUUAAAGUGUCACUUUGUGCUCCUUGAUGAGAUGUGAACAUCAUCACACAGCACCCAUUAAUUUAUGUACGAUGAAAGAUUUAAUAAACAACACAGAUAGGUAUUGUCAAUCAUGUUGCCCAACUUAUACCCUUUCCAACAUCCUUCCCUCUGCUCCUCACCCUGGUUUCUUUUUGGCUUUAAAAAAAAAGCUUUUUCUGUGGUUUACCUAGUUAUUGCGAAUUUUUAUAAUUCAUUAGUAAAAUAGGAUGGAGAAAAUGUGAUAAUAAUAGGCUUUCAAAUUGAGCAUGAAGCGAGUGUUUCUUACUUAAUUUUAAGCAAUAUGCUAUCUUGAGUAGGCAAUAGCUGAAUCAGUAGAUAGGCCAGCUGAAAAUUGAUGACAGGUUAGAGAUAUUUAAAAAUGACCCGAACAGAAUGUUUGCAUUGGAGAACUCAAGAAUUUCUCACGUGGACUUUGGAAAUUGCAGGGACAGUUAAAACGUGCAUGGAAGCUGCCUGCCACAAGAGAAUGAGACGCUGUUUGGCUCGGGAAGAACAUUUUAAAAUACUCUACUGUGCUAAAUUAUGAAUAAAGAUAUUUGAAUUAUCAGAGAGCCAUUGUGUUGGAUGAAUUUGGCAUGUGGAUCAAACUAAUGCCUGAUUGGAAUGCACAGAUUUUCUUCAUGUCUUGGAAAAACCGUGCACUGUGGCUGGUUAUUUAUUUUCUAAUUUCUCAGCAUUUACUUGACGUUUAUUGUCAAGAAUAUUCAGGCUCUGUUUCUGGAGAUGGUGGCCCACAUGCCUUGGAAGGGUCUGCUGCUAAAGAUUUGUACAGACAGUCGUCAGAGAGAAGAGGAUCGGGAAGCACUUCCACCGAGGAUGAAAUGUCUGGUGAUCUGCACAUGACCACAACCAACAUUUCCGAUUUCAUUAACACCUCACUCAGACUGUUUCCUGAAAUUUCAGUUCCUGACCCAUCUGCCAUAACGUCUGGAGGUCCAGACCAAGAAGGAAGUGGCUCCCCCAUGGGAGGUGUGCAAAUGAUGACAGGUGGAGUUACUAACAUGUUGGAAGCAUUAAGGGUAACAACCACAGCUGGAGUCCACGUAGUGGAAGGACCACAAACUGGCUUAAUGGCCUAUCGUUUGCAGCCGGGAGUGCAGUUUAGGAGAGAAACUAGACUUGUGCACCGAUUUGGAUUCCCUGAAGAGUUCUCCAUAGUCACAACUUUUAGAAUGAGAGAAAACACUCCCAGGAUAGUGUGGAAUCUGUGGGAGAUAACGGAUAGAUAUGGCACUGAACAGUUCCGACUUCGUCUGUACGGUGAGACCAAUGCUGUUGAAGUCUACAUCGUAACAGCAGUGGGAGAAGAGAUCACCACCUUUGAGAAUGUGGGCCAGCUGUUUAACCAGGCCUGGCACAAGCUCUCAUUUGGGGCCACAAGGACCCAGUUGACUUUAUUUGUUGAUUGCCAGCAGGUUGGCACGGCUCCCAUUCAACUGUACGGCACCAUUGCCAUGGAUGGAGUUACUGCUAUUGUUAAAGAAGCGAAGAGUGAUGCAAUACUUCCUGUGGAUGUGCAACAGUUCAAAAUCUAUAGCAAUGCCGGCAAGGCAGCUGAUGUAACCUGCUGUGAGCUACCUGGUGCUUGCGGAAGAUCUGGGAUAGGAGGCACGAUGGAAUGUGACUGUGUAUCUUCUGUGGUUGAUUUCUUGGGAUUCUUUGGGCCAGAGGUUUACCCAGGUGAUAAAGGCAAUCAUGGAUUUCCUGGAACUCGGGGAAGGAAGGGCUAUCAAGGUUUUAAGGGUGCCCAAGGAAGGAGAGGUGAUCCAGGACUAAGGGGAGAAGAGGGUGAAGAAGGUUCUCAUGGAGAUCCGGGUUACUCAGGCGCUAUGGGUCUUCCUGGUCUUCGCGGAGAACCAGGUGCUCUGGGAGAACGAGGGCAAAAGGGGGCUGUCGGAUAUAUGGGCACACGAGGGGAGCCAGGAGUCAAGGGUGAGAUUGGUGAAAUAGGAGGAUCGGGUGAAGAAGGCAGUGGAGGUUCUUCUGGUGAAAUGGGCUCUCCAGGUGACCCAGGUCCACUAGGAGCGCAAGGCAUUCCAGGAUUAAAGGGAUUCUCUGGAGAUUCAGGAUUCUCAGGAGAUGUGGGUGAUCCCGGAUAUGUGGGAUAUCCAGGAUCAAUAGGGGAGAAUGGGAUUUGGGGCAUUGAGGGUUCAUCUGGAUUUGCUGGAAUCCCUGGUACUGAUGGUUUUCCAGGUGGUGAUGGCCCUCAAGGAAUCCCAGGAAUACAAGGUGAAAGUGGACAAAUGGGACCAAAGGGAGAAAGAGGAGAUCCAGGAUCCAGAGGACCACAAGAUCCACGUGGCAUACCAGGGCCAAAAGGUGAUCCAGGGGAUCCUGGAAUACCUGGGAAACCAGGAUUCCAGGGGGUGAACGGCUUCCCUGGUCAACCAGGUGAAAUGGGCCCUGUUGGCCAGAAGGGUGAGCCGGGAGAAGUUGGAACUAAAGGAAGAUCUGGACCCAAGGGUGGCCCAGGGGAUAAAGGUGACAAAGGAAAGCCUGGUGUACGUGGUCCACCAGGACCUGUUGGAAGUCCAGGAAGUGGAGGUGUACCUGGAAUACCUGGCCCCCCGGGAUUCCCAGGACCCAUCGGAGUGACCGGUCAACGUGGUCCAAGAGGGGAACCGGGACCUCUAGGAAUACAUGGACCAGAAAUGUCUGAUGACCAACUAUAUGAGUUGUGUGAACAAGCUGUGAAUGAGCAAAUAGCCACAUAUGCAUCUGCAAUCCAGAGAGUUUGUACAGUGGCCUGCCCAAUCAACCAUGCAACAUUGAUAGGGCCCCCAGGACCUCCUGGCUUACCAGGAGAGCGAGGAGAGCAAGGUGAUUCUGGUAAACUAGGAUUGGUUGGUGAACUUGGACCAGGAGGUAGAACAGGAUUGCCUGGACCUAUAGGUGCUCCAGGAGAGAAAGGAGAUAAAGAUGAAAAAGGACCCGUUGGAGCCCAAGGGGUUGGACUUCCUGGAGCAGAUGGAACACAAGGACCAAGAGGAUAUCCUGGGAGUCCAGGAGCUGCUGAAGACGGGGAACCAGGCCCACGAGGACCAGUUGGAUACACUGGGCGCUCAGGCUCACCAGGAUUGCCAGGAUUUCCAGGAAUUCGUGGAAUUUGUGCACCUGGAAACUGUGACAUUUAUGUUGCUGCUCUGCAGACUCAACAACAGAAACAUGAAAGGUUCAAAACAUUAAGUGUUCAGCCACAGGCAAAUGCUAAAGUUUGAACUGUAUAACCUAAGAGGGCAAGAAAUGAUUGUUUUGUAUACUGGUGCAUGCAGUAAUAUAUUUUAUAACUUCAUCUCUUGGUAAAACAAACAUUAUGCAAGGUGAUAACAUAUAGCUGUUUUAAAAGAGACAAACGUGUAGCUCAGUGUUUAAAGGCCCUGUCCCACUUUCCAGAGUUACUCACGACCUCUC